AUGCCUAUCAACGUGCUGGCCUUUGGGUCCUCUAAGAACACGGGCUACCAUGCGAGUCUGCGUCUCCUUAACCAAGGAGCGACAGUCACGUACCUCCUCCGCUACACCGACUGCUUCGACGCCGACCCGGAAAUGCAGCCCUACAUCCAGAGCGGCAAGGCGCGCCUCAUCAAGGGCGACACCCUCCAGCCCGACACUCUUGAGGCCGCCUGGGCGUCCGCCCUCGCCGCUGGCAACGGCAAUGUUGACGUCGUUCUCUUCACCGUCGGCGGAAAGCCGAGCUUCACCCUCAGUGGCGUAGUCAUGACCCCACCCGACCUCGUCACCCGCUCCAUCACCAACGUCGUCCGCACCCUCCCCCCGUCCCUCCGCGCGCCAGAGUCCCAGCCGCGCUUCGUCGUCAUCACCUCUUACGGGAUGAACCGCGAAGAGCACGCUGCGCUCCCGCUCCCGAUGAAGCCCUUCUACAGCAUCCUCCUGCCUGCACCGCACCGUGACAAGCUCGGGGUCGAGCGCGUUCUCUCGCACUGCAUGGGCACGCCUUGGGACCCGAAGGAUGUCGUCGUCGACGAGGUGCUGGCGCCCGGAUGGGAGAGCACGGAAGGACUUCCCGGAGUUGGCGAGCUGAAGAAGGUGGUGAUCGUGCGCCCGGCGUUCUUCACGGAUGGCAAGUGCGUUGGGGACGAGCCGGGCGGUAAGGCGGAGCCGUACCGGACGAACGCGGACGGGAAGCUGAAGGGGAUGUACACCGUAUCGCGCAAGGACGUCGCGCACCUGAUCACGUCCGUGAUCCUCCCGCAGUGGGAACGCUAUCAGGGCAAAGCAGUCGCGAUCGGAUACUAG